AUGGCAAAUCUCAUCCGCUGCACGAAAUCUGGCAACGACUGGACGACGAACGAGCUGGCAGCAUACAACAUCUCUAUUACGCCGCAGGACGUCACAGCGUUCUUUGGACUAACAGCCCUUCCUGAGCCCCAUGUACCGGCAGACAUGCUGCAAAAGCUCGAAGCCGACGAUGCAGAUGACCUUGAUGCCUGCCGCACCAUCGCAGCAAUGGACCUUACGAUGAAUCCUGUUCCUGCAGAGGAAACUGCCGUAGAUGAUUUCACCGUCCGUCUUUUCGACAUGCUCGGUUACACAACGCGCGAUAUCUCCCUGCGCACCAGGAAAGACAUCCCACUCGUCAUCUGCGGGGAAUCCAGACGUGCAAAGACAGACGUAUGCCUGUUGAUGAAUAGAUCAGAGAUCAUUCUUCUAGUCCAGGGAGAUAAAAGGAACAAGGACGAGGGUGGAGACCCUGAGGCACAGCUCAUCGCUGAGGCGAUAGCCACUUUCCAGAGCAACAAUAAGAAGCGUGUCUUCGCUGGCGUUCCUGUCCGCGAUGCCUGUCUCAUUCCUGGGAUUGUCAUGACCGGCACAGCUCCUACCUUCUACAAAAUACUGGUUACAAAGAACCUUGCAGAUGCAGUUGCAUUCGGCAUCUUUCCUCCCCACCCUACCGUGGUCCAUCGCCACGUUCCAUCCGUCCCUCGCCCCAUGCGUCGUCUUACCGAAGGAAUGAAGCCCUUGGACAACCGUGCCAUAGUCCUUCGAUGCUUUGAGGGAUUCAAGAAAUUCAUUCCCCCGCAGUAG